AUGGAUGAGCCUAGUAAUCAUCAACCUGGGUUCACCAACGCGAAUGGUAAGAGCCCAGCUGCCCAACCGAACGACCUAUUGCAUGAGCGACCCGUAAGCCAAAUCAUCGCCAAUAGGAUACGCAGGGCAAUAAAACCUUCACCCGAGUUUUACAAAAAGCCCGAGGCAUUCGUACUAGAGUCCUCUCUCAGGGAAAUACUCAGCCCAGAGCGUGUCCAAGAUGUACUUGACGAAAUCCACGAGCACCAUCCCGAAAAGCCUACUAUUAACCUGGACGCGAUUUUCGAUAACGCGAAACGGACUGGGCGCUUGAAGAUACUCGCUACGCUUAUCUACAUCAAAAAGACAAAGCGUCUUCAUAACUUUAUCGCGUUCAACGUUUGGGAUGACGACCUACCACUUGCAGACUCAAGUGAAAUUUUAAAGGACUGGUCAGAGUUAUCUUGUGACGGGUUUGUCUUGAAGCAACAUCUUUUCCUACCACAAGUUAUCGACUUCGAAUGCAUGAAACACCAGUUAUUUCCUAGUUCAAUACGGAUGCCAUUCUUGGAUCCAUUAAACGGCCCUGACAAAGGCGCACACGGUCAGGUCUCUAAAGUAAGGAUACAUGAAAACUAUCAACGAUGGGGCGAGCGUACUAGAUGCGACGAUCAUUACGCUGUCAAACGCUUUACAGCUGACCCUGCUUCAUUUGAUCAAGAGAGAGAGGCAUUAGUUCGAUUUAGUCAUCCAAAUCCAGGACAUGAGAGUCUCAUUCAGCUUCUGUACUCUUAUGAGUUACGCUCAGCAAAGUAUCUGAUCUUUCCUUGCGCUGAAGGUGACCUGGAAUAUCACUGGGCUAACCACAAGGCCGAUCCAACAUCGCGGGAUGACCUGAUCUGGAUGCUUCAACAAUGUCACGGUAUUGCAUCUGGCCUCGAAAGAGUCCACAAUAACCCAUCUUUCCAAGUUCAAGGAGACAGAGGUGAAAGCCGAAGCAGGGGACGACAUGGAGACAUAAAACCCAAGAACAUACUGUUUUUCAGAGACGAAAAGAAACCGCCUGGUAGACUAGUAGUAGCAGACUUUACACUGAUGCGCUUCCACUCGUCAAACGCCGACUACACGCAGAUCCAGAAGGUGGGGUUCUCGGAGACAUACCGUCCGCCUGAAAAGGCUGCGGGCGAGGGAACACAAGUCAGUCAAAAGUAUGAUAUCUGGACGCUCGGGUGUGUCUUUCUUGAGUUCAUCACAUGGCAUCUUCUUGGCUCCGACGCUGUUCGUCCAAGCAAACGAGGCUGUGGACGAGGUUUCACCGCUCCUGAUGGAAAGGAACGUGAGGACUUUGCCACAUCGCGACAACGGGAUGAUGAUACCGGGUAUCGAGAUGAUAAGUUCUUCAACUCGAUUUAUGUUUCCGGUCCCAUUGUGAAACCUUCUGUCUUGAAAUGGAUCGAGUAUUUGCGCGGCCACAAGUGUUAUUCUCAACCUUUACAUGACUUCUUGGACCUUAUACAGGAUUCCAUGUUGAUCGCUAAGCCAGAGAAGCGAGGCUCUAUGCUACGAGUCACGACAGCAAUGGGUAGGAUUGUUUCUUCUGCAAAAUCAACGAUAUUAUACUGCGAACCACUUCGAAACGCAAAUCUGUCACAUAUGGACAAUCUUCCUUACUUGCUGGACUCACCGGACCAAUACUGGCCACCUGUUGUGUUGCCACAGCCAGAACAUUUCACAUCAUCUGCCCCCCAGAACUCGGAUUAUGACCUACUUGAGGAUGUGUUUUUGACGCCUGGUCCAGACGAGGCCGCACUGCAUGAAAGUGUCGAUGGAUAUCUUGUGGUGCCUAGAGGUGAUUUGUCACCAGAAAAAACGUCAAACAGUUUGAGAUCGGGUUCAUCGGGAGUGGCUCGAGAAAUUCACGAUUCUACCGAGGUGUUAACUGAAAGCGUGACGCCAGCUACAACCAGACAACCGUCUUAA